CUCGAAUACAGAAGAUCUUCUUGGAAAGAAAGCUUUUUCAUUGUAAAAUACAAGGCCAGUAACCGUGUUCCAAACAAAAAAUGGCUACUAUUGCUGUCAGAACGCGAAAAAGCAGAAAAUCUGAUGGCAUCGCUUUCAGUGAAAUGUCAUUAAGGCAAAACGCAUCUGUCUUAGAAUACUGUAGAACAUCCAUAUCAGCACUCUCUGGUGCUACGGCAGGAAUCAUGGGUCUAACUGGUUUAUGGGGUUUCAUAUUUUAUUUCAUCACUGCAGCUAUGCUCUCGGUCUUGUUACUAUUGAAAGCUGGAUCUCGGUGGAAUACUUUUUUUGUCACAAGAACAGUUCUCUUUAGCAAUGGAUUAUUGGGGGGACUAUUUACAUAUGUUUUAUUUUGGACAUUUUUGUAUGGUAUGGUUCAUGUUUAUUGAGAGAGAUUGCUUGUCCAGAUCGGGAAGUGCUAGAUCAUCAGUGGAAUAUUUCUGGUUGAUAAAAAUUAAGUUUGAAUGUUCUAUGUAUUUUUAAUUAUUUGUGUAUUUGGCACCAGUGUGUUUGGCUGUGAAAUAAUAAAAUACAGUACCAAGA